GAGCGUGACUUAAAACAGUACCUUCACGACUGCUUCGGUAUGAUGCAUCCAGACAAUGUGCAGCUCUUUCUAUAUCAGCUGCUUCGUGGACUUUCCUUUUGUCAUAAGCGUCGUAUCCUUCACCGCGAUCUGAAGCCGCAAAACCUACUCAUCAACGAACGUGGCGACCUUAAACUGGCCGACUUUGGUCUUGCACGUGCCAAGUCUAUUCCGAUAAAGACUUAUUCAAAUGAGGUGGUUACACUUUGGUAA